AUGACGUCACCCGACCACCGCGGCCGGAAGCUGGGCCCAGUGCCGGAGGACCCGACCGGGGAGAAGGACUCCCGGGAGAGCUCGCGGCCGCUCUCCAUUUUUGACGCGCGCACUCCUCCCGUGACGUCAUCCAAGUCCCGGCAGGACUUCACCCGCCUGGUGGAGGACAUGGAGCGGCGCAAGUCGGCUUCAACCGGGCGCCAGGAGACCGCCCGGCCGAAAAAGAAGCUGGAGGACGCGCCCGGUGAAUUUUCGCCGAGCGCCCCGGAGUUCCCCGGACGCGCUGACGUCACAUCCUCGGCGACGCGCCUGGAGCUGGAGCGCCUCCGUGCGAAGCUGGGCGACAUGGGCGCCGGCGCGAGCGGUUCGGGGUCGCCCGGAACCGCCCGGGGCUCCGAUCACCGGGCGCCUGUGACGUCUUCGGCGACCCGGUUGGAGCUAAACCGGUUGAAGGAGAAAAUGGCGCGGGACUCCAUCUCCAGGGGCGGAACGCGAGCGGAAGCUGGGCUUCUACGAGGAGAAGUGGCGGGCGGAAUCGGUCGAGCGGAAAGUGGAAAUCAAGACGCUGGUGCUCAAGGCACAGGAGCUCGACGUCGCGUUUCUGGUCGACUGCACUGGAAGCAUGGGGGUAAGACUAAAAAGGCGUCCAUUGAGCUGGUAAAGCGCGAGGCGCGCACGCUGGUGCGCGGCAUCCAGGAGGCGUACCCCGCGGCCGUGCUGCGCGUCGCGUUCGUCGGCUACCGCGACUACGGCGAGGAGACUGACGUCAUCGACUUCACCCCGGACUUCGUGGCUGACGGCAGCGCUUUCGUCACGGCGCUCGCGCGCGUGCGCGCGAUGGGGGGCGACGACGCGCCUGAGGACGUGUUCACGGGGCUGGAAAGAGCGGCCGCGCUGGGGUGGCGCGCGCAAGGCCGCCUUUUGGUUCACAUUGCGGACGCCCCCUGCCACGGCACCGACUUCCACUCCGGACUGUCCGACAACUACCCGGGCGGCGACACGCGCGGCCGGAGCGCGGCCGCGCUCCUGCAAACCCUCCGCGCCGACUGCCACGUGUCCACCUACUUCUUCUGCCACCUCAACGACACGACCCAGCAGAUGGUGGCCGUUUUCAAGCGCCUGGCGGACGGGCCGGGGGGAUCCCCCGGGGAGGACUGGCUCCAGGACGAGACUUUUUCACACCUGCAGAGCAUAGUCCAUAAGGUGGUGCUUCUGUCCCGGGAGACGAUCAGCAAGACGCUAUCGACAGUCGGGAGGGGCGGGCCGGCGCCAAAGUUUGUGCCGGAGGUGGUGGUCUCCCGAGUGCCCAACUGGGGGUUCUUGCACCGGAGCUACGCUGCGCGGGAGCUGAAGUACAAACAAGAAAGCUCUCUGGAGGCGACUUUUCAGCGAAUCAUCGAUCGCGAGCUCUUCGAGACGGAGCCCGUCCGAACCGCGACCCUCAAGUUCGGCCCGAACCCGUUCUCGAACGACGGCGCCAUGCGCUGGCCGUACUACGCCGUGAGCGCUGACGUCAGCAGGACACGUGCUGACGUGGGCGAUGACGUCUUCGUGGUCAAGCGGUUCAAGCAGCCGUCCGGCGACAGCCCAGCACGGACUCACUCCAGGGAGCGGUAUCUGCAGCAGAUGGAGAUACAGACGGUGUCGGCGCAGCUGGCGGCGGAAUUCACGGCGCGGAUCGCGGAACUCCGCUUUCCGCGGAAGGUGUCCUUUGCGGAGGUGACGAUGCUCGAGGUGGAACACGGCGGCAGCAAGAAGUACUACACCAAGGAGCCGCUGCUGACCGGGGCUUGGAUCAAGUAUAGCAGCAACGCGGGCUACGUGAACACGCCCGAGUACCGGGCAACGCUCCACGCGUUCUCCCACUGGACCUUCCACGUGUCCCGGGGCCUGCUUAUGGUCACCGACCUGCAGGGCGUCCGCACUUCGGGCCCGGACGGGCAGCCGGUGUUCUUGCUGAGCGACCCGGCGAUCCACUGUACGGACGUCCUGCGGUUCAGCCGGACCAACCUGGGGAAGCAGGGCUUCGGCCUCUUCUUCAACUCGCACAAGUGCAACGACGUAUGCCGGGCGCUGCGCCUCCCCGCACCGGGGGGGCAGACUUCCGCAGGGACCAAGCUGGCGAGCGGCCCCCCCUCGUUUGCGAGAUGGGGGGUGCCUUGA